UCACUGGGUGAUUUGAUAAUUCCGUUUUGUCAGCUGUGUUUGACUAUUCGAUAAAAUUGACGGUGUUCGUGUGACAAAUUGUUGUUUCAUUGCAUCCUAAGUUAUCCCUUUAUUUUCCGUGUGUUUGCUAAACUGAAAAUCCAAAUUUCGCAUGAAAGAUGUCUCAAAGCAUUCGCGAACUAUUUCAAAUUGUUGCUAAAAUUUUCAACCAAGUCAGCUCACCAGCAAUUGCUCCAGCAAUCACUACCAGAAACUAUGCUUCUGAUGUACGCAAAAUUACGCUAAUUCCUGGCGAUGGUAUCGGUCCAGAAAUUUCAGCUGCAGUGCAGAAAAUCUUCCAAACUGCUGGAGUUCCAAUCGAAUGGGAAACGGUUGACGUAACGCCAGUUAGAUAUCCAGAUGGCAAAUUUGGUAUACCUCCAGCUGCUGUCGCAUCGGUCAACCGAAAUAAAGUCGGUUUGAAGGGGCCGCUGAUGACACCAAUCGGCAAGGGUCACAGAUCGUUGAAUCUUCAACUGAGAAAGGAAUUCAAUUUGUAUGCGAACGUUCGACCGUGUCGCAGCCUCGAAGGUUACAAAACAUUGUACGAUAAUGUUGACGUGGUGACCAUUCGGGAAAACACCGAAGGUGAAUACUCGGGUAUCGAACACGAAAUCGUUGACGGUGUUGUGCAGAGUAUCAAAUUGAUCACCGAAGAGGCGUCCACUCGGGUAGCUGAAUAUGCCUUCCAGUAUGCUAAGGACAAUGGACGUAGGAAGGUGACGGCAGUGCAUAAAGCUAAUAUCAUGAGAAUGUCCGAUGGCCUGUUUUUGCGUUGUUGUCGCGACAUGGCCGAGAAAUUCCCGGAAAUUCAAUUUGAGGAGAAAUACUUGGACACCGUCUGUUUGAACAUGGUACAGAAUCCGAACAAAUAUGAUGUGUUGGUCAUGCCUAACUUAUACGGUGAUAUUUUGUCUGAUAUGUGUGCCGGUUUGGUUGGUGGCUUAGGUCUAACACCAUCUGGUAAUAUGGGACUGAACGGAGCUCUUUUCGAAUCGGUUCAUGGCACCGCUCCUGACAUAGCCGGUAAAGAUCUAGCAAAUCCGACUGCUCUGUUACUAUCGGCCGUUAUGAUGUUGAGACACUUGAAACUAACAUCGCAUGCGGAUAAGAUCCAGCAAGCUUGUUUCGCUGUUAUCAAAGAAGCCAAAUACUUGACCGGCGAUCUGGGUGGUAAAGCGAAAUGCUCAGAAUACACAAAUGAAAUAUGCCAAAGGGUUGCCUAAAUGAACGUCCGAUAUUAAUAUACUUAAAUAUCGUCAGGCAGUCUUACGAGCGAGAAAAAAUUUUAUUGUUGAUUUGCGCGACAACCACAAUGCAUUGAUUACCACAUUAUACGUUUAGGUCUGUUAAAAUAGUCGAAAUCUCUUUCUAUGUCAUUUUGUUUCUCUUACAUUAUGUUACUAACCACCUCACACUAUGAGCGGGAAAUAAUUUUUAAUUUUUUUUUAAAUUGUCACUCGGUUCGUUAUGGCUGGCUUAAGAUUCACUUCGGACUGGUUUGGUUUAGCGAAAUUUCUCGGUUUUAGCAAUCCGAAUUUAAUUCAGAGUGUGCGUGUGAGAGUGUCAUUGUAAUUAAUUUAUUUAUUUAUUGUACCUUCAUUUCAUCCAGCAAAACAGAUAUGUAGUAAACACCAAAUAAGAAACGUAGACAAAAUUCGUAUUAACCGGAACGAAAAGGGAGUCAAUUGACGCCAUUUCCUUUUUGAUUCAUUUUUCUUUCUUUCAUUACCGUCCGUUGAUUUAGUAUUUAGCAUUUUUGUUGUGUUUUAGAAUUUAACAUUUACCUCAAAAGUAUCGCUUACCCGAGUAACGUGCUUUGGUGUAAAUAUAUUGAUUUGUCGAACUUUUGUUACCAUAAUUUACUCUCACGAUUAAUUGACUCCUUUACCUAAUAUCACUCGAAUACCGCACUAUCAGCGAUUUGUUCUAUUAGAUUUUCGAAUCGUUUGUAUAGCACGUUGUAAAGUCAUUAAUCGGAUAUCAUAACCAGAAUUAUUGUAGGUUAUCCGAAGCAAUUUAAAUAAUAACAAAGAGCAAAGGUUGCAACAAUAAAAAAAGAAACAUUUGAAUAAACUUCUUGAGACAAUA